CGCCAUCCCUCGGUCUCGGAUGCUACGUGCCUCAUACUCGACAGACAUGUAUAAGUUCACCGUCCUCGCCGUCCUCGUGGCCGCGGUGGCUUCUCUGCCAUCGAACCUCUAUCACGCGCCCCCAACAUAUAAGGAGCCAGCCAAGCCAUACUCGUUUGCGUAUGGCGUCCAGGAUAAAUACGCCGGCACAGACUUCGGCCAGAACGAAGAAUCUGACGGAAACACAGUCAGGGGCUCUUAUACUGUGCAGCUUCCCGAUGGCCGCAAACAGACGGUGAACUACGAAGCUGACCACUACAAGGGCUUCGUUGCCGACGUGAACUACUACGGCGAAGCUCAGUACCCGAAGUACACCGGACCUGCAAUCACCUUCAAGCCAAACCGAGGAUACCACCCAGCCCCCGCCUACCACUAACUAGUCACGGUCCCUGUCUGUACAGUCUCCCUUCGCGAUUCUUUACAAGUAGGUAGCAGUAGGAGAGAUUUCGUAGGAUGCUACAUUUUUUCAACAAGGUUCCAACCCUUGCCUACCAGACACACGGAUAUCCAUUCGUCUAAGUGUGUUGCUGCAGGCGUCCCAACUCGCCUCCAUCCUCUCGAGAUUUCGACCUGAUCGAAGACGAAUUGGGAAGCUGCGCCCGAAAGCAAGCAAUAAAAUUUAAUUUCAGGCAGCGUACCUACGUUAGAAUACGUGAUCUCUCAAUGAACGUUAGGAUCCAGAUAAAGCAUAGACAGAAGGAAAGAAUACAUUCUAGAUUUCUUCUCUUCGUUUCUCAUAUUAGUCCCUCCGGGGGAAGAAUCCAGACUCAAGCAACACAAGAAAUACUGCCGCGGGGGAUCAAGACGUUCCCUGAUGUUUAAGUCGUCUCGGACGCUGGAAACACAAAAAUAAAAUCUUUGGAACCAACUCACGUCUCCCAAGAUGCCAGUCUCUUUGAGCAGCAUCUCUACGAGCAACAAAAAGAGCAAGGUAAAACGAACCAAAAGGAUACAAUGUACACGAAGGCGAAGCCGACACUCUUGCUGUAAACGCAGCUAGAGGCAGUCUCUCUUCAAUACUGUAGUGCCACAAUCAUAUUUUUGUUCACUGUU